AUGAGAGCUUGGACAGAGGAGGCCCCUGAAGAAGGACCAGAGCGCCAUCUAUCGACAGCGAGGAACCAGUGUCAGGCAAAAGGCAGAGAAGGGAGGGAGGACGGGCUCAAAUGCGUUCCCCUAUUAACGAGGAGUGAUGCGGACCUGGGGAGUCUGUCCUCGCGGAUCCACUGGUGUAGCAAAGCUGGAAGGGGCUACAGUGAAUAUUACAGCAGAAAUUUAGGUAAUUUAGCAAAUUCAACAGCUGGAGCUCUUUAUCACUUGAACUGGAAGGAAGAACUUCCCUUAGAAUUUGAUGUGACCAGAAUGGAAAUCAAAUGGAAGAGUAGAGCUCAUCUUCCUUCUAAUUAUUUUCCACCAGGCACUAACAUGUCCAAUACAAUUUUUGCAAUUCAUGGCUCAGGAAUGGGGUACGAGAUUUUCAGAAACAGUGUUUACAUUCCCAGAAAGCAUGGAAAAAACCCAUUAGUUAAACCUACUGAGAAUGUUGUAAGACAGUACUAUGAAAUUGACAUGAUUUUUUUCUCCUUUAUCUAUUGUCAUUCCCUGGAACUUUUCCAAGAAUUGAGCCUGAAAGUACUAAUGCAAUAAGAUUGGUAGCAGCCUGAAUCUGAUAUAUGGAAUUCUUACACUAAUUAGCAAAAUGGAUUGAGGCUUAGAUUUUUGAUAGCGUUAAGUUUGGAUGAAGCUGUAUAAGAACAAAUUAUUUGGUGCAGAAUUCGUAAGUAAAAGCUUUUAUUGACAGCAAAAGCAUUAAUCAAUUAUAAAACCAACAGUAAAAUAUCCGGGCCAGUUGCUUUUAAAUUGUGAAGUGUGCAACUGCCAAUCUGUCAGUUCAUCUGGGUCUGGAGCUUUUAACCCAUGCAGCACAGACGAACUGACCCUUUUGAUAAGGGGAAAAUUGUGCUUAAAUUACGGUUGAGUUUCCAUGAGAGCUCUAAGACUGAUAAGACAAGUAUCUGGCGUGGAAUCUGUUUCUUGUAGUUGCUGCAUUUCUGCUGUGUUUUCACCCUGUUUUGUUUCUCUUGAUCGCUGAAUGUAAACUUGCAUGCCUACAUCUUUUUUUUUUGCAACCAGGAGUGAGAAUGCCUCCUCCAGGAACAUAAUUGUCAUGGCUUUUUGUAAUCCAGUACUCACACUGCAAGAUGCUGUGCAGAUAUCCUUGGAAUGAGA